UGUCUCUGUUUUCAUUCAGUGGAUGCUCAGUGGCCCUUGAACAGCUUGGACUUAACUGUUGACCGGCUGGCUGACAGGUGGCGCUUGGAGAAACAGUGAGAGCACUGUGUCGAGUGCCGCUGCAGGCUGAGACGCUUGGAGGAGCAGGAGCCAGCAGCAUGUUCAGGAUCCAGACUUGGUUGCUUCUCCUGGUUCUCUGCGUUGGGAACUUGGAGGCCUGGUUAUGGUUCUCAAAUCAAGAAACAACCACAGAGGGUCCAGUGGAGGCGGGAACGACGAAUGCCAUCAUGGCAACAGAAAUGAGUAAUGCCACCACGGCAACAGGAAUGACAGGUGUCACCUCGAUAACAGGAACAUCCGGUGCCACCUUGACAACAGGAAUCUCAGGUGCCACCAUGACAACAGAAGCUACAGGUGCCACCAUGACAACAGGAACAUCAGGGGCCACCACAACAACAGGAACGACAAAUGCCACCACGCCAAACGAAAUUACUGGUGCCACCACGCCAAAAGAAACUACAGGAGUCACCACGGCAGCAGGAACAUCAGGUGCCACCACGACAGCGAAUGCCAUGAAGAAGAAGGAAGAGGAGGAGGAUGACUUAUCCGGGGUUGGGGAAGAAAUCAUCAACGUGGCCACAGGAAUCCGUAAGUUUGUCGAGGCGUGGGACGCGACCCCGACCGCCAGGACUACUAACGGAGGCCUGACAGAGGAGGUGGAGAGCGCUAACCCUAACACAAUGGCAGAGAGCGGCGUCUCUUUGAUCCAGCUCAUCGGCGACCCUCCACCGGAUGAGAUCUCCAGGGCCUAUGGUCCGAGGGGGGAGGUCGCCUACGCCUUCACCCCUGCGGCAGUGUCGGGCCAACCGGCUCUGGCCCACGUCCCCAACCCUUUCUUCCGCCACUUCUCCCUCAUCUUCCACGUCAAGCCCUCCACCCCCGCCGCCUCCGUCCUCUUCUCCAUCACCGACGGGCCUCAGAGGCUCAUGUACAUCGGCGUCAAGCUCAGCGCGGUGCGGUCCGGCCGCCAGAGGGUGCAGUUCUUCUACACCGAGCCCGACUCAGAGGCUUCGUACGAGGCGGCCAGCUUUGACGUGCCGAGCCUGGUGGACACCUGGUCUCGCUUCUCGCUGUCCGUCUUCGAGGAGCAGGUGACCUUCUACCAGGGCUGCGACUCCGAGCCGCAGGUGGUGAAGUUUGAGCGUUCGCCGGAUCCCAUGGAGCUCGACACGGGGGCGGGGAUCUUUGUGGGUCAAGGUGGUGGAGCCGACGCCGACAAGUUCCAGGGUGAGAUUGCAGAGCUGAGAGUGGUGGGAAACCCCCGGGCAGCCGAGCGUCUGUGUGACGACGAGGACGACUCUGACGCCGCCUCUGGCGACUUCGGCAGCGGUGACGGCGACAGGAGACAGACGGGACACACCGUGAAGACCACGCCUGCCUCCCUCCGGCCAGUACCUGAACCACCUCUGAUCACCUCACAAGGAUCCAGACUCAGAGAAACAGGCCCUUCAGGUCCCGGCGGUGCUAAAGGUGAGAAAGGCGACAGAGGAGAGAAAGGCUCAAAGGGGGACAUCGGCCCCGCAGGACCAAAGGGAGAGUCGGGCUCCAGCUCUGGCUCUGGUUUCUCCUCUCAGGGUGGAGGACAGGCAGAAAAAGGUGCAAAGGGAGAAAAAGGUGCAAAGGGUAGCUCUGGCUUCGGUUACCCCGGCAAUAAAGGAGAACGCGGGGCUCAGGGGCCGCCCGGGCGGCCCGGUCCUCCCGGACCUGCAGCUGAGGUGGUUCGACUUGGGGACGGCUCUGUUGUGCAGCAGGUGUCUGGACCCCCCGGCCCGCCGGGACCACCAGGGGCAGAUGGAGCUGCAGGACCCGCAGGAGCUGAUGGAGAGCCUGGAGAUCCAGGAGAGGAUGGAAAAACUGGUCCCGCUGGGCCACGAGGGUUCCCAGGAAACUCAGGAAGUCCCGGCGCCAAAGGCCAAAAGGGUGAGAUUGGAGAGGGUCAACCAGGACCCAGAGGCCCCCCUGGUCUACCAGGACCUCCUGGACCUGGCACUGGUGACCGCCCGACGUUUUUUGACAUGGAGGGCUCGGGGUUCGCAGACUUGGACAGAAUCCGGGGUCCCCGUGGUCCUCCAGGCCCCCCAGGCCCUCCCGGCCCUCCUGGGACUUCAGUAGCACUGGGAGCCAGUGGUCCGGUAGCUUUCGGACCUCCUGGUCCACCUGGACAGGAUGGGGUCCCUGGUCUACCGGGCCCUCCUGGUCCUCCUGGUCCACCAGGUCAACCAGGACUCGUUGGAAUCAAGGGUGACACUGGUGAGCUCGGUCUUCCAGGAGCAUCGGGAGAAAAGCAAGACUCGCAAGACUCCAACUUUUUCACCGGCCUGUUCUCUUACUUUACUCCAACCUCUACGGGUGCUCAGGGUGAACCAGGAACGUCGGGUACACCUGGGCAGACUGGGCUGGCAGGGCUUCCAGGUCCCAUGGGACCAGUUGGACCGCCAGGACCCCCUGGGCCACCAGGGCCACCGUACCGUGUUGGAUUUGGUAACGAGGAUGGACUUGAGGUGACCAAUGGCGCGCCUGGACUCAGAGGCCCACCUGGACCACAGGGUCCACCUGGCAUUGCAGGUCUGCCUGGUAAACCAGGUCUGCCAGGCACACAUGGAAACAAAGGAUCAGAGGGACCACGAGGACCUCCUGGGAUAUCAGGUCUGGACGGGUUCCCCGGACAGUCGGGUGAAAAGGGAGAAAGAGGAGAGAAAGGAGAGAUGGGUCUGCCAGGGCGAGAUGGCGGACCGCCUGGACCUCCAGGGCCUCCCGGACCUCCGGGACAGAUCAUCAGCCAACCAACAGGCGAUUAUAAUGACGUAUAUUGGAGCGAAGGGUGGCAGGGGGGCUACGGCGUUCCGGGUCGAGCUGGAUUCCCAGGACCCAUGGGACCAAAAGGAGACAAAGGAGACACAGGUUCUCCAGGAUAUGCACCUAAAGGGCAGAAAGGAGAGCCUGGUCUCAUCAUGGGGCCUGAUGGGAGACCUCUGUACCUUGGCGGCCUGGCAGGACGGACGGGUGACAGUGGACCCCCUGGCCCUGUGGGACCUCCAGGUCCAUCCGGUCCUUCAGGUCAGAAGGGGGAGAUCGGGCUUCCAGGCAGACCGGGUCGACCAGGCCUGAACGGCCUCAAAGGAGAGAGGGGAGACUCAGGCGGUGGAGCUGGGUAUGGUUACCCUGGUCCUCCAGGUCCACCGGGCCCCCCUGGACCCCCUGGACCUCCUGCUCCCAUCGACAGACUCAGAGGAUAUGAGGAUUACGCGAGGUAUUAUCCAGCUGUUAAAGGAGAGAAAGGUGAUCGUGGACUACCUGGGACACUUGAAAUUCGAGGUUUCGGGUCAACCAUUGACAUUUACACUUUAAGGAAUGAGAUGAAAGGUGAAAUAGGCAGCCCAGGCUUGAAGGGGGAGAAAGGAGAACCGGGCGGAGGCUAUUAUGACCCCCGCUAUGGUGGGAGCGGAGUCGGACCCCCAGGAGAGCGUGGACCUCCUGGUCCAAAAGGCGACUCCAUCAUUGGCCCACCAGGCCCUCAGGGGCCAUCUGGACCACCAGGGAGAGGCUAUGAUGGGCAACCUGGACCACCAGGUCCACCUGGACCCCCUGGACCAUCCUUAUCUGGAACCCACAGAGGCACACAGACUAUCAGUAUUCCUGGACCACCGGGACCACCUGGAGUGCCUGGGCUACCUGGACACUCCUCAGGGGUGACAGUGUUGAGGUCUUAUGAUACCAUGACAGCCACCGCUAGAAGACAGCCUGAGGGCUCUCUGGUGUACAUCAUAGACCAAACAGAUCUCUACUUACGGGUCCGAGAUGGAGUUCGCCAAGUCCACCUCGGGAGCUACAUUCCUUUGCCCAGUGAGGACGGUAAUGAGGUUGCAGCUGUGGAGCCCCCACCAGUCGUCCCCUACUCUCCAGACCAGCACUCUGAAACCGACACCUCCGCCCACAACCCCCAAAGGCGACCUGAGAACCCCGUCCACCCUGAGCAUGAGUCACAGCCUGACCACCAUCACCCGACACACCCGGACCCCCGAUACCCAACCCACCCUGAUCCCAGAUACCCAAACCACCCUGAUCCCAGAUACCCAAACCAGCCUGAUCCCAGAUACACAACCCACCCUGAUCCCCGGCACCAACCUGACUCACGAUAUCAGCCGGAUCCGCGGUACCCAGCACCCACAGAUCCCAGGUUUCCAAGUUUAUCGGACCGGAUAAAUCAGCCAGAUGGUAGGUUUUCCGUUUUACACCCUGGGAACCCGGACACUCCCUACGCAGUCACUCCUCAACGAAGACCACCGCCUCCUGUGCCCGAGACACCAGUCCACCAUCAUACCUCAGGUCCAGGGCUCCACCUGAUCGCCCUGAACAGCCCUCAGACCGGCUUCAUGCGAGGCAUCCGCGGCGCAGACUACAUGUGCUUCACUCAGGCUCAGGCCAUCGGGAUGAAGGGAACUUUCCGGGCCUUCCUGUCCGCCAAACUCCAAGAUCUCCACAGCAUCGUCCGCAAGGCUGACAGGGACCGUUUGCCCAUAGUCAACCUGAAGGACGAGGUUCUGUUUGACAACUGGGAUGCCAUCUUCAAUGACGGCAGGAUAAGGGACAACGUGCCGAUCUACUCCUUUGAUGGCAAAGACGUUCUCAGCGACAGCACAUGGCCAGAGAAGAUGAUGUGGCACGGGUCGACCAGCGUGGGCCAGCGGCACGUGGACAACUUCUGCGAGACGUGGCGCGUGGGCGACCGGUCUCUGGCAGGCAUGGCGUCGUCGCUGCAGAGCGGCAGCCUGCUCCAGCAGAGCUCCAGCAGCUGCUCCAGCGGCUACGUCGUGCUGUGCAUCGAGAACAGCUACAUCAGCCACGCCAAGAGAUAGAGACACACACACACACACACACACACACACACACUGGACAAAGGGAAGUCCCAGAGCAGUCAGCCAUGCUUUUGUCCACACAUACUUUUCUAUCUAUGCCCUGUAUGUGGUGCUUUGUAAAUAAGUUUCUUCUCAUGAAUCAUUAGUUUAUGUUUGUUAGCCCCUCCUAUAUGGUGCUACACAGGAUUAUUCCAUAUGAUGAACCUAAGUUAAGCUCAGGUGACAUACACUAACACGCCCUCCGGCAGCCAUAUUGGAAGUCCACAGCUUUUAGGCUCCGGUCGCCUUAAAAGCUGAAUGCGUUUCCAAAAGCCUUCUUGUCUGUGCACAUAAAUGCUGCAUUUCUUUGCCGUUAACUUGUUAGCUAGCAGUUGCUAUUAUGUUGACAUACAUGAUUGAAAUUAGCAUGCCUGAUGCUAGCUAAUUAGCCUAGUUUUUAUUUUCCCAGACAUCUAUCACUGAGAUUUAUGCCAUGAGCCCAACACAAUGGAGGUGAAGGCGUCUUCACUGAUAAACGACUGAAUAAUUUGCCAGUAACUCUUAAAACAACAUGUUCGACUGUUUGAGAGCACCAGUGACGGGCGGACUGCGCCAGCGUCGUCUCGUGGUUAACGUUGUGCAGUAUUGUUAGCUUUAGGUAGCAAAACUACCUGGUUAGGUUGAGGAAAAGUUCAUAGUUUGGGCUAAAAGUUAAAAUGUGAAAAUGUUGACACAAACAGCAGUCUCCAGGGUGGAAGUCCCGUGUCCAUCCAGCUCAGGUUGCCCUUUAUAUACCUGACUUCCUUCUUUGCUCCCAUCAUAAUUACUACAACCACUAGAGGUCGCUGCCUGACAAUAAACAGAAAUAGGGGUCGCAAUAACAUCCUUGCACAGACGACCUAUACGCCUGUGAAUCAACAUCCAAAGUAACCAAGACAUGAUCUGGAUUCUCACGUUUGUGCCUCUCAUUACUUUCAGUCAGAGCGAAGCUUCUGCUUUUCUAAAAAAGAAUAAGACAGAAAGACUUUGAAGAAGGUGUAAAGGCAUUUCAAAAAAUUAUUCUGCUCAAAGGUGAAAUUACAGACGGGAAUGGCACAAGACUUAGAUAUCACCAGAUAUUUCUGGUUUACUAGAUGGAAGAUAGGGUCAAAACAUGGGAAAUGAGAGACACAUUGCUGUUAUACUAUGUAAUUCUCCAAUCAUGUGACUUCAAUCUUAUUAUGUUGGGAAGAAAAAUGAAUAAUAAAUAUGUCAAAACACACCGCAGCUAAGAAAAGACAGACUGGAGAAAGUAAACUGAUCUCAGACAGACUGAUCUUCCUUGUCUUCCUGCCUGUGAUUAACCAAAAAACCUGUAUCAUGCCAGUGUUAACACACCAAAUGUACAACUCAAGUACCAAAAAGCAGUGUUAGAAACGUUUUAAACAAGGUUUCCUGUGGCUUUAAAUUCCACUUUUUAUAUGCAGUAUUUGUCAGUGCUGGAGUGCUGAUAGAAUCUCCUAAAACGGUGCAGUUAGCAACACAUUUCAGCCUCGAAAAGCAGGAUAAACAUGAGUUAUUGAAUGAGAAAUGUAUAUUUUCUAACUUUCUAACUUCUUUGCCUUUACACUGAUGCUACCUGUAACCCAUAGCACUUGAGUAAUAGCCUUUUUUUUUGUGACUGUCUUACAUGGGAAGAUAUUUUCAAAUCGUAUUAUUAGCAAUAACAAAGGGAUAUUUAUUUUUUACAAACUGUGCAUUUUCUAGUUCAAGUAUAAUGUGUGAUGUGAACGCUUUCACAAAUAACAUUUUCCAAAUACAUCCAGCGAACGUGCAAACGCCACUCGAGGACGUGCAAUGCUUAUUUUAAGCUUGAGCACACGUUCAGCACACAGAUUCAGCUGAUGUACAGAUAUCUGAAUAGGAUUCAGCCAUAAAUGUUUGUCUAUGCACUGUUGCUUUUUAUUUGUUUUUGCUUUUUAUUCAAGAACAGCACAUGCACUGCAGCUCUGGAGAACAGAGUGCUGUUUUCCUGUAUUAACGGUGCCAUAACGAAUGGACUUGUGUUAACUCUUCCAGGUUAUUAUCUGUUUUCUCCUUGUGUGAGCAACAUUUCUGGAAUGCUGCAUCUCACUGAAUAAACCUGAGUGGAAAGUG